AGUAUAUUGUAAUAUAUUAACAUGUCUGAGUGCUGAGAUUUUCAGUUCCUAUUUCUCUGAUAUAUUUAGCUUUUCUUUGAUGCUGAUGUGCAAAACAAGACUAUAAACAUUAAUGUUUUACAUGUAACCAUUUACUUACACUGUACUUACACAUUCAAUGUCACUUGCCAUUUUUUGUAAUUAUUUGUAAAAUUUAUUAGCAAUUUCUGAGUGAAAAUUGUUUCAAAGUUAAUCCUAUACCAAAUAUUUUUUCAGUGUAGUUUGUUAAUAAAUGCUGUCUUAAAAUCUGUGCAUUCAACUCACAGAAGAUCCAAGCUUAUAAUGAACCUUUAAUCAUACAAUUAUGAUCCUCUUUGAUGCAAAAACUUGAGAAAAUGAGAUCCAGGCAGUCCAGCAAUGAUUAUGUCAGAGAUUAAAUUUGAAUAAGGAAUAACAAAUUUAUUAAUUAAAAAUUAUAGAGACAAACAGAUUAAUUGAGAAAUUAAUAGUUAAUAACAAAAUCUAGAGUAUUGUAAAAUCCAGAGUAUUGUAUCUAAUAGAUGAAGAUCAGAAUAUACAAGAAGGAACAAAAUUAAGACAUUUGCAGAAUGAAAUGAGAGAUAGAAGAGAAGAAGCAGAAGAGCAAAGAAAAGCAAAGGAAAAAGCUAAACUAUCAACGACUCCAUUUUAUACCAUAAGCAUAGGGAAAUGCUUACAUCGCACUCAAACUUAUGUUUUGGUCUAACAAGAAAAGAUCAUAUGGAUAUAUCCAUUAUGUCAUAGACUGGUCAGAUGUCAAAAAUAGAUGAAAAAAGAUAUAGGGGAUGUUUUGACCCCCUUAAGGGAAUUUUGCAGAUCUUACAUUAUCACAUGUCAGCAGAAAUAGAAAUGGACAUAUUUUGAUAUAAAGGUACAUCGAGUUCAAAUGAGCAACUAAUUCCAAAAACAUCGCUUCUGCAGUACUUGUCAGGUGUCCAAUAUCUGACCACAAACGUGUCAACAUGACCUGUUACAUUGGAACACUUUGAAGAACAAUUGAAUAUAGCAAGCAUACACCAUGGACAACAAGAAGAAUAACCAUAAAGGAGUACAUGAAUAUAUGAAAUCAAAAGUAAUAUUGAUAAAUCAUAAGCCAUAAAUGAUUAACAUAAAAUAUGCAUAAAAUGCAUGAAUAUGAAUAUUAGCUAACCAUUUUGGAUGCACCACUCUUUAUGCCAUUUUCAAAUAUCAUAAACAUUCAUAUAUUAAAACGGAUUGUGCAGCAUGUGUAUAUAUAAUUGUAAUCAUUCCCUGUAUCUUUUUCAGAAAACAUGUUUGUCAGUUAAUUAAAUUUAAGAUGUGAUCUAUAGGUGUUUGAAAGCCUUUUCGAACAUUACGUAAGUGUUAAUGUGACAUUUAAAAAAAAAAAAAAAAAAACAGAAAUGAAAAGUGAAUGAGGAACUAAUGACUAUUUGACUAUUUGAGAAUAUUUCCCUUUAUGCGUCACACAAGAAAACAACACCUGCUUCAACAUGCCGACUGCAUCUACACGCUUACGAGAUGUUCAAGAGCUGACAUCUCCGUAUAAGAGCUUACAUGACAAUUAUGUGUCCAAUACCAGGAAAUCUAAGUGCUCAUUAUCUGCCCUGUUGGCCACUGGAGGUUUGAUCGUGUUAGGGGUUUUAUUGGCCAUAGUGGUAAUAGAGAAAUUAAAGAACGAAGAUCAAAUCAAUGAGGAUUUGAGUCCCCAUCACACUCCGACAUGCUGUAAUGGUGCCAUCCCGAAUGAGCAGAGCAGCAUUGUUCUUGUUGAGAGUUUUCCUCUCUGUAUGGAUUACGGGAGAAACGCCUCCACUGGGAAAAGCCUGUAUGAAGCCUGGAAGCAUCUUCUGUCUUUGGCCACCAAACAAAUCGAAGUGGCGUCUUUCUACUGGUCUCUCACGGCCGAAGACAUCAACGUGAACUCCACCACUGACAGAGCUGGCAGAGACAUUUUAGAAGAGUUCAGAGCGUUGCCGUCUAGAAACGUGUCCGUGCGAGUGGUGACCAGCAUCCCCACUGUGGCUCACAAUUCAACAGACUUACAAGUCCUGAAAGAAAAUGGAAUACAGAUACGGCGAGUGAACUUCGGCCGCUUGACUAAAGGAAUUCUUCACACUAAGUUCUGGAUUGUGGACGGGAAACACAUUUACAUCGGCAGCGCCAACAUGGACUGGAGAGCUUUAACGCAGGUCAAAGAGCUCGGCGUGGUGAUCUAUAACUCCAGUGGUUUGGCUGCUGACCUGCACAAGAUCUUCCAGUCGUACUGGGUCAUGGGUCAGUCCAACACAUCCAUCCCAGAUCCGUGGCCGUCCACCUACGACACCUUCAUCAACGAGGAGCGUCCGCUGCUGCUCAACCUCAGUGGUGUAGCCAGUCAAGUUUACAUCACGGCCUCUCCGCCUGCGUUCUGUCCGGACUCUCGCACCCAAGACCUUGACGCUAUCCUGUCGGCCAUCAGAGGAGCGCAAGACUUCAUACAUGUCUCGGUCAUGGAGUAUUAUCCCGCUUCGAAGUUCUUUCAUCAUCACGGAUACUGGCCGGUCAUUGAAGACGCUCUCAAGCGCUCAGCCUUCGAGAAGAAUGUGUCCGUGUGUCUGUUGGUCAGUUGUGGCCAAGAAACUGACCCGUCCAUAUGGCCCUUCCUCCGGUCAUUAGAUGCUCUUCAUUCCCCGUCUAACAACAUUAACAUCGCAGUGAGGCUGUUUAUUAUUCCAGCGGGAAACCAGUCGCACAUCCCCUAUACCAGAGUAAACCACAACAAAUAUAUGGUGACCGAUAAAGUGGCGUAUGUAGGCACGUCUAAUUGGUCAGCUGACUACUUCAACACCACUGCCGGAGUGGGUUUAGUGGUUUCCCAGGAUGCUUUGCCUUCUGCGUUGCCGGGAAACACAUUCCAGCAGCAGCUGAGUGCAGUAUUCGACAGAGACUGGAACUCACAGUUCGCCGUUCCACUCGCUGAGCUCAAGCAGAACCAUGACUGUGUUUUCUCCAAAUCCACACUGUAGACACUUUACAAACAAACAUUCAACGUGUUCAAUUCUAUUAUGCAUGAAACUUGAAGUAUAAAUGUCAUAUGAUUUGUGUCAUUAUAUAUGUAUUAUUUACAUGUCUCGAAUUAAGGGAAGUGUUUUGGAAGCCUGCUACAUUUCAUUUUAAACAUUAUUUUCUUAUGCAAUAAAAUUAAAUGACUAUUAUAAAUUGACCUAGAUUGAAUGUAAUAACAUUUCAGUGUUUUUUUUUUUCAUUUUCAGUGUUUCAGCUCAUGUAUGUGUGUGUGUACAUUCAUUGUUAAAGUAUAUGUUUAAUGUAAAAACAAACAUUUAAGUAAUAAAUAAUAUAAAAUUAUGUAAUAA